AAAAAUUUGUUCUAAAAUAAUUUACAGAUCCAGUUUUGAAAAGUUUUUUUCCUUCCUCAGUUUUCUACUUCCGGUAGCCAUUCCACCAAUAGACGAUCGCGGCUCACUGACGUAACUUCCUGGCCGAUGCCCCCUAAAGCCAAAGCGACCGGCAGAGCCAAAGCUCCUGCGAAGAGGAAGCUGGCCGAGGAGUUUCCCCCCGGAGAGGUUCUUACCGACACCGGGAAGAAAUCCUGGAAGCUGGGAGCUCCAGUCGGCCAGGGAGGGUUCGGCCUGAUAUAUCUGGCGGAUCAGAACUCCGACAAAUCUGUAGGUAAAGACGCUCCCUAUGUCAUCAAAGUGGAACCCAGUGAAAACGGGCCGCUCUUCUCUGAGCUGCAUUUCUACAUGCGAGCCGCCAAGCCCGAUCUCAUUCAGACCUGGAUGAAGUCCCAGAAGUUGAAGCAUCUGGGGGUUCCCCGUUAUUGGGGUUCAGGUCUGCACGAGAAAGGAGGGAAAAGGUAUCGCUUCAUGGUGAUCGACAGACUCGGCACAGACCUGCAGAAGAAGUUUGAAGAAUGCGGAAAGAGAUUCCCCAGAAAACUGGUCCUGCAGCUCGGCCUACGGCUGCUGGACAUUUUGGAGUUCGUCCACGAGCACGAGUACGUGCACGCCGACGUCAAAGCGUCCAACCUCAUGCUGAGCCACAGCGACCCCAACCAGGUUUAUCUGGUGGAUUACGGGCUGGCGUACAGAUACGCUCCUGAUGGCGUCCUUAAAGAGUACAAGGAGGAUCCCAAGAAAUGCCACGAUGGAACCAUAGAGUUCACCAGCAUCGAUGCUCAUAAAGGAGUCUCUCCCUGCAGGCGCGGCGACUUGGAGAUCCUGUCUUACUGCAUGGUCCAGUGGCUGUGCGGACGUCUGCCGUGGGAGGACAAGCUGCAAGACCCCGUCUACGUCAGGGACUCCAAGAUCAGGAGUCAAGAAAACAUCUCAGAGUUUAUGUCCAAGUGUUUUCCUUCACAAGAGAAACCCGAUGAGAUCCAGAGGUUCAUGGAGGAGGUGAAGUCUCUGGGAUACAAAGACAAGCCGCAGUACGAGAAGCUGCGCUCCAUCCUGCAGAGCGGACUCAAGAGUUUGAAGCAGAAAGACGACGGGCGGCUGGAGUUCACCGCCGCCAGUGGCGAGGCGCCGCCUCCUGCCAAGAAGGCGACAAAGAGAAAGAACGCAGCAGAUAAACCAGAAGAAGACGCCUCCAAUGAGAGUCCCAUCAAGAAGAAGAGAGAAGUGAAGAAGAAAGAGGUAAACGGCAUCAAUGAAAGCCCCAAAAAGGUCACCUCCGCAUCCCGGAAAGUUCCCAGAAAACCAGCCAAUCCCAAAUCCAAACUGGUGGAGAUGAGCACCCAGACGACGCCGAGUCUCGCCCAAAAACCCAGAGGCAGGAAGAAGGCAAACUCGUGAAUUCUCAGCCGGUUUCUACUGUCCGCACUCCCGUCUUUCUACUGCUUUUUACAUUAAAUUUUGUUUGUUUGUUUGUUUUGAAGGCAGAGCUGUUCAAAUAAAAAGUAAAUAAAGUCA